UCGGCUCGCGCCGCGGUCCAGAACAGGUGUGCGCGCGCCUCUCCCCUCCCUCCUCCUCGCGCCCGCCUCGCGCGCGCCGGCCUCCCUCCCUCCAGCCCGCGCCCUCCCUCACCUGCGGCAGGACAGCGCCCGCCAGCCCGCCCUCCCCGAUCUCGCGAGAGUGGCUGACUGGCUGUGGGGGUUGCGGCGGCAGCAGGCGGAGCCGGGGAGGGAAAGCAGCGGCGGCUGAGGCGACUGAGGCGGCGGGCGGAGCGGCAGGCGGCGGCGCGGCGGCGGAGCGCAGCAUCAUGGCGGACCGAGACAGCGGCAGCGAGCAGGGUGGUGCGGCGCUGGGCUCGGGCGGCUCCCUAGGGCACCCGGGCUCGGGCUCAGGCUCCGGCGGGGGCGGUGGUGGCGGCGGGGGCGGCGGCGGCAGUGGCGGCGGCGGCGGGGCCCCGGGGGGGCUGCAGCACGAGACGCAGGAGCUGGCCUCCAAGCGGGUGGACAUCCAGAACAAGCGUUUCUACCUGGACGUGAAGCAGAACGCUAAGGGCCGUUUCCUGAAGAUCGCUGAGGUGGGUGCUGGCGGCAACAAGAGCCGCCUCACCCUCUCCAUGUCUGUGGCAGUGGAGUUCCGCGACUACCUGGGCGACUUCAUCGAGCACUACGCGCAGCUGGGCCCCAGCCAGCCGCCCGACCUGGCCCAGGCACAGGACGAGCCACGCCGGGCGCUCAAGAGCGAGUUCCUGGUGCGCGAAAACCGCAAGUACUACAUGGAUCUCAAGGAGAACCAGCGCGGCCGCUUCCUGCGCAUCCGCCAGACAGUCAACCGGGGGCCCGGCCUGGGCUCCACGCAGGGCCAGACCAUUGCGUUGCCCGCACAGGGGCUCAUCGAGUUCCGUGACGCUCUGGCCAAGCUCAUCGACGACUAUGGAGUGGAGGAGGAGCCGGCCGAGCUGCCCGAGGGCACCUCCUUGACUGUGGACAACAAGCGCUUCUUCUUCGAUGUGGGCUCCAACAAGUACGGCGUGUUUAUGCGAGUCAGUGAGGUGAAGCCCACCUACCGCAACUCCAUCACCGUGCCCUACAAGGUGUGGGCCAAGUUCGGACACACCUUCUGCAAGUACUCGGAGGAGAUGAAGAAGAUUCAAGAGAAGCAGAGGGAGAAGCGGGCCGCUUGUGAGCAACUCCACCAGCAGCAGCAGCAGCAGCAGGAGGAGACCACCGCUGCCACCCUGCUACUGCAGGGUGAGGAAGAAGGGGAAGAAGAUUGAUCAAACUGAAUGAAACACACACACACACACACACACACGCACGCAUACACGUACGUGUACACACACACACAGCCACACACAGAGAGAAAAUAUACUGUAAAGAGAGAAAAUAAAAAGUUAAAAAGUUUAAAAAAAACUUAAACUUCAAGGGAGCACCACCCACAGAACCUCCACCAACUGACAGUUUCUCUUCUUGACUUGCCACCCAUCGCUGGAUGUUGUCCACUUUAUCCACCAUGUAAAACAGUAAGCAGCUGCUAAAAACAAAAAACAAAAAAAUAUACAAAAAGUAAUAACAUUAUAUGAACUGUGUUUCCUACUUGAUUAAAAAAUAUAAAGAACUGAGUGUUUAUUUCCCUAAUUAACCAAGAACUUUUGUACACGUUUAAGCUAUUAUUAUUAAAAGUGUUUGCAAAAUGGUCAAGAUUAUAAUAUUGCUGAAUUAUAUAAAAAGUCCUUUUCAUGUUGAGCUAACAUUUGACUUUAGCACAAAAAAGAGAUAUUUUAGAACACGUAAAAUAAUAUUUUUAGUUUUUCUCAUUUUGUUACCAAAUUUCAAACCUUACAUGGAGGUUAUUAUAGUAUAUUUGACAUCCUAUAUACCUGUGAUUAGAGAUGUGUAUAUAUAUGAGGGCUAGGCAUGCUGUGUGUCUGAGCUUUGUCUAAAUGUUAUGCAGAAGUUUGUAGAGUUCAAGGUACGUAGGUUUAAUUCAUGCAAGGUAAACAAUAAGUGCUCUCUUUUAUACAAUAUGCAUUGCAUCUGGACCUUAAACAUAUAAAAUGGUCAGUGAAACUUCUGUGAACAUGAAGAAAUUAUUAAAAAGGCAUUUAAAUGAAAUUUGCUAAGUUGUGAUUUUUAUGGUUGGAACCAAAGUUAUUCAAAUAGUAAAAGAAAAAAGAGAAAGAAAAAGGAAAUUUCCCAUAAUAUUUUUCUGCAUCUGUUUGCUUUGAGUAGGUGUUUUGUUAUUAUUGUGUAUAUGAGAUGUACUUGUAUUGUUCAUAAUAUAUAUUUUUUAUUAUGUGUAGAAAGAUUUUAAAAACCUAACUAACGUGCAGCAAUUUCCAGUGAACCUGUACUUGGAUAUCAGGUAGUGAGUCUAUUUGUGGUCACUAGCACUGUCUCCUAAACUUGUAAGAGGUCUGAAGCUAUCCUUUGAUUUUUUUGCCAGUGCUAUUAACUUAUGUAGACCUGUUUAAAAGCAAAGCAACACCAUUAUAGUUAUCCUACUGAGCCAUGGAUUCUGAGUUUCCUUUAAAAGUGAAAGCCAAGUUGGUGUAUGUAAAGGAUUUCCAUGUAGCUGUGGUGCUAGUUAUUACUGGCUACAUUAUAUGUAAGUGUAUUUGUGUUCCCCAAGUGUACAAGCCUUCUGUCAAAAGUAUGUUCUAUUAUCACUCAUAUUCAAGGUUUAGGGUAUGAAAAUGCAAGCUUAGGAGAGCACUUUACCAAGCUGGUGUCCUCCACUGAAAUUGUUUGCAACGAUAGUCUUUUACAGGUUUUCAUUUGAAGAUGUUUGUGUGCUUUUAAUUGACAACUAACUUCUUGCUGCUGUAUAGUAAAAUAUUAAUAUAUUUUUUAUCAUUAAACUGCUGCAUGACUAUCAUCUUUGAGUGAAGAGAAAAAUGUUAUAAAAGAUGCCUUAAAUACAGUACAUUUUGGUUUGGAAUUCUGUAGAAAGUAUUUUGGUAAAAAAAGAAAAAAGAAAAAAAGAGGAUCUUGGAUCUUGUCUUGACAGAGAGAGUUCUGGACAUGCAAUUGUUUCUUGGCAAAUCCAGCCAUCUAGAUCUACCUGCUGUAUGUAGAAGAAACCACCGGUAGGACUGGGAACGGUCAGUACCUUUCCCAUUGGAAAGCAUCCGCCUAGGAAGGCAGAACAGUUGUCUUUUUUGAAGGAUUUUUUUUCCUGCUGGCUCUUUAGGUUUUGAUUUGAUAUUUUUAAGCUUUCUGGUUGUGUUGUCUUUGUUUUUGAGAUCUACUGUAUGUGUUGAAUAACAAGCUAUUUUCAUUGUACUGUGCAUUUUCCCAUUGUUUGCUUUUCAUAUUCAUACAAUGUUAACUAUGAGGUGACCGUACAAUAGUUAGGAGUUUCUUUACUUACAAAAUCACUGGAAAUUAUUAAAUUGCUUUCCCCUCCCCCCAAGGUGCAUUUUUUAUUAUUUUCAUAUAGUAAAGUUGAGCUUUUACAGUGCAUAAUGUGACAUUUGGAAUGCUUAUCAACUGCAUGUAAACAUUAAUAACCUGCACUUUUGUCUUAAGGUUUGUUGAGCUGUUUUGUUCACUGUACUUUAACUGUGAUAUGGAAAAGAUUGCAUUCUCUGUGCUGUUUCUAAUUAGGAAAGAGAAUUGCUUUGAUUUUGUCUCUUGUUUACUAUAGCUUCUUAAAGUUAAGCCUUGUGCUACGAGUUGUUGGAGUACUCCUAGAUCAGUGUUUCGUAGUAGCCAGCAGUCAGUAGUGCAAGUCAACAAAAACACAGCAAACUUAGGCAAAGUGUCCUUUCUUUGAGAUGCAAGUUCUUUCAUAAGGUUUUCUUUAGGGUCAGCUGCCUAAAGUGAAACCUUUCUUACCUAUAGACUUCAGAUUCUGCUUGGAAUCCUACUGGAUCAAGAAGCACAUGUACUGUGCUGUUGUCUUUACACUAUAACAGUUAAACACAAUCUUACUAGGACUUUGAAUCCAUUGUCUGAUUUAUGGUCAGUGGGUUUAAAAAGAAAUCCACAUGCAGAUCUUUUAAGACUUAAAAAGUGGUCAUAUAGAGAAGACUGAGUGACUGUAAAGAUGCUCUUUUUGUUCAAAGCAUCUCACUUUCUCUCCCCAUCAACCUCCUCACCUCCCUUCCCCUUCUCCUGUUUCAUCCUCCCCUACAUUUAUUUCUCUCCCAGGUGCUCGGUACUUUACCAAGGUUCUAUAUUUCAGUGUAUUAUGUUAGAGUCUCUUCAUGUUUUUAGUUUUACUAGUGGGUAGGCCCAGUUUGUGCUGAAAAAAGAAGGGUAUAUUUGACCAUAUGUGUUGUUCAUAGAAGACAGUAUGAUCAAAUGUGCCAAAAACAAGCAAACAGAACUUAAUUCAUGACAAGUAUGCCUUAUUUUUAUUGAUCUGCUUUGUCUUACAAUUAAGGUCCAAGAGCUUGGUUAAACUAUGUUAUUUGCCUAAGUAAAAAAAGAAAACUUGAAAUGCAUUGAGCUAUUGAUGUUCUUUAAAAUGAGAGACACUGUCAAGUAAUUUGAUCCAGAGAUCAGCCACCAGAUUUGAAGAGAGAGAGAGAGAGAGAGAAAGUGUGUGUGUGUGUGUGUGUGUGUGUGUGUGUGUGUGUGUGUGUGUGGUGGUGGUAGUGGUGAUGGUAUUUGUGAGUUUUCCCCCCUUAAAUCACCAAAUCUUAUUUUAAAGCUACCUUUUAUUUGUGCCUCCUAUUUAUCAUUCAGAUGUUAGAAGCAGCAGUCAUCCAGCCACAGAGGGAGCUAAAGUUAACUAACCAGAACUGUAGAAAUAUCAUACAUGCCUUUGACAACAAAGGAGGUUCAUAAGAAAGCCAUGUUGGCUUUUCCUCUACUAGACACACAUUGAAGGUAGAUGAACAUUUGCCAAAUGAGAAAAAAAGACAAAGUAGUCAGGAAAGACAAACUGUUUUCCAGCUUCUCAAAAGCCAUGGAAAGUAAAAACCAAAACCAAUGGGAAAUUUAAAAAACUCUCAAAGUCUCACUUUCUAGUCCCAUGCAGGGGUUAAAAUUUGACUCAAGAUGGAAAGUCUGUUAAUUUUUGUUUUUAGGCCUUUACAUCUAAAGAUGGAUAACUAUUUCAGUUUGAUUUUUUUUUUCCAGGUAAUGGAGAAAGCUGCUAGUAAUUUUAACCCCUGCUGAAAGGAGACAGAUAAUUUCAUUUGGGAGCAAAUACUUACUGCCUUGAGAAAUAGCACUAUAAUAGCCUAUGUUAAUUAGUCGUAGAAUAACCUUUAUCCCUUUCAAGCUAUGCAAAUUAUUAAAUAAGUGUAAAUUAGAAUUCAAUUAAAGAGAUGAUUAUAUUGCAAUCAGAUGGUAUUCACAAACUUAACUGAAGCAUAUACAAAUAAAAUCUAUUAGUUUUAAGAGUUUUUUUAAAUGCUGACAUAAAUAUAAUUUAACUACCUAGUGCUGCACACUAUUAACAUUGUAUGAUAGGUCUGGGAAGACUGCCUCCUUUUUUUGAAGAGAGAGAUUAAGAAUUUUUAUAAUUGUUUUUCAUCAAACUUUAAUAUUUUUGUCAAGUUUUUAGGUAUUUAAUUUGUAAAACAGUUUGCUUUGUACUGGCAUACAGAUAUUAGGGUAUUGAUUUUAAACUUUUUGAAGCCAAGUGAUCAAGUACAUUUGUAAUAAAAAUCAAUGGAUCUCUA